UUUGCCUGCGGCCGUGAUAGAUAUCUUUUCAAGACUUCGAGGUAAUAAACCAAUAAUGAUGAAACUCCUAAAAAAUUGCAACAAGCUGUUCACAUCGGUAGCGUAUUUCACCACGAACGAAUGGACUUUUCAAAGGGAUAACUGUUCCGACUUGGCGAGGAAGGUGAAAAUGUUAAACGACAGCUAUUUGGUCAAACUAGAUUUACGGGAUAUGAAUUGGGAGAAGUACGUUGCAAAUUAUCAGAUGGGAAUUAGGACAUUUAUUCUGAAACAAGACUUUAAUUCAACAGCCCAACAACGGUUAUCAAGGUUGUACUGGAUACAUCAGAUCACAAAAAUGUCUGGUAUAAUGAUCUUACUAUGGAUAAUAUACUGUAUCGUGUACUGACUAUUUGAAAGUUAUUUCUUCCGUUUAAACCAAAGGAAUAUAAAUACAAUUUUAUGAAGAAGGGAUUCAUCAUCCUUUUCAUUUUGUCUCUUCACUCGUCUCCUUUCUAAAUAAAUCUACUUAUGACAUUGCUUGUUUUUUUUUUAUAAAAGUUUAAUAAGAAUGCAUGUAUUUAUACGUUCAUGAUUUCGGAGCUGUAAGCAAUUCAUAGAUGACGAUUUCUGUACUCCUUGAUGUUUGUAGUAAAAUAACUUUUACGAAUGUUUAUGUAUUAUCUUCAAAUAUACAUAAAUUCAUUCAAAGAUCAUAUUCAAAGAUCCUUCUACUUAAAUAAGACAUAAAAUAUAUGCUGCACUGAAAUAUUCAAUUAUUAAUUUUUCCGCAAAAAUUCUACGACGUGUCCUUGUGUUGUCCUUGUUGUACUGAACAACAAAACAAUUAUAUAGAAAAAAAUAAUGUUUACAACGAA